AUGAGUCUGAUAAGAAACCGGCGAACCCUAUCGUUAUGGGAAGCGCAGUCAAGGCCAGAGUGGGGUGCAACGAGGUUCUGGGAGUAUGUAUUCAAGGAGGAUAUCUUCAAUGGUCGUGACUGGGCAAUCUCAUCUCAGCAACCCCCAACGAACGAUCAGGGAGAUAGGCGCAGGGUGGAUCUCUGCAUCGAAAGAUGGAUACACGACAAGUGGCAAAAAAUCGCAGUUUUCGAGGCAAAGAAGACAAACUGUUCUCAGGCCGAAAUUAAUGAAGUCGAAUACCUAGCCUACAACGCCUGCAUGGAACAUUUUGUCGACUCUGGAAGGAAACAGAUGUAUGGCAUAACCACCAUAGGGACUACGGCACGCAUUUGGUAUGUCACCAAAGCCGGUGACUAUCUCCUUCCUAUGUGUAAUGAUGUACGGUUACGCUCGCGCUACAUCCCACUGAGCCAAAAAGACUACAGUAUCCCUGCUCGCCCUUAA